AUGCCAGGUUUAAAUGCUAAGAUUGAGAAGUUUUGGCGCUUCCUGCGGAGCUUGAUGUUAAGGAAGCAGAUAAUCGUGUUGCCCAUAAGUCCCCUGAAAAUAGUCUUCUGCACUAUGGAUGCUGUCUUGAUGUGCUUAGGUUCCAUGAUUGGCCACGGCUUCCAUAAUAGUUUGGGCCAACUAGCUCAAAGACAUGGCAUCAUGUCAUUCUUCGGCUUCGGACUUGGUGGACUUAUAAUGAUCACAAUCGCAAUGUGCUACGCCGAACUAUCAUGUCUCUCUCCCACAGCCGGAAACGCUUAUCACUACAGCUACAAUGCGAUUGGAGAGUUAUUUGGAUUUUUAGUGGGAUGGCUAAUGAUACUAUCUUACGGCCUUGAUCUCAUUAUCGCUUCCAGAUAUUUAAGCAUGUACAUAGACCACACAUUCUUUGAAGGCAAAAUUGGGAUUGCUUCAAAGCACAAACUAACGUUAGAAUCUUUAGAGAGUUUUAUUGACGUUAUUAAUACACACCCCGAUGUAAUAUCAGUUUUAAUAAUUCUAGUAGUAGCAGGGCGAACGAUAUCAUUGUCAAAAGAGUCUAUUAUAGCUACCAAUAUUAUGAUUGGAAUCAACCUAUUGACUGUAUCUAUCAUCACAAUUAUAUACAUUUUUUCCAUAAACUACCCAAAAACCAAAGACCAUCUAUUUCCCCAAGACUUGUCAAAACUGUCUUUUAUGUAUGAAGGUGUUUUUUUCGCACAUUAUUGUUUCACUGGAUACGAUGCAGCUGUUUGUCUAGGUGAAGAAACUGAAAAUCCGACUAUUAAUAUACCGAAAAGUAUCUUGUUUGCUAGCAAAGCCACCGUUAUAAUUUACUGUUCAGUUUCCUUUCUACACUGUUUGACUUGGCCUGUCGAUGAAGUGGAUAUCAAUGCUCCCUUCGUCUAUGUCAUGACUCAACUCAAAACCAUGCCACUACCUUGGUUAUGCGCAUUUUCAUCAAUAAUAGGCCAUCUUAGCAGUGCACAUGCUUUUAUGUUCCUCCUUACAAGACUUUUAUAUUCAAUGGCUCGUGAUGGUAUGAUAUUCAGUGUCUUUGGCCGCAUAAAUAGGAACACUAACUCGCCAAUAUUUUCCACCUUUAUAUUUACAGUUAUACUAGGUGCUCUAGGUAUGUAUCUACGAACUGAAUAUAUGUGGACAAUCGCCCGGGCUUCUGGAAAUAUUUCAAAGGAAGUGAUUGCUGUUUGUCUCUUGAUAAGACGGUACAGAUGUGAAGAAGAAGUUACAGAAGAGGACCCGUUAAAUCGAUGGGUCCUCAUCAAUUACCCAAGAUCGCUAAAGUAUCCAUCAAAACAAACUGAAAGAAUAUCAAUGCUUCUGAUAUUCAUCGCUGGUACUUGA